GGUAAUGACACACUUCGACUGAAAGAAAGAUGGCACCCUUUCAUGUAAAUGAUGCUGAUAGGAAACUCAAAUGCUUUUGAUAUGAAGGACUUUGAUAAGUUUUCAGUGAACAGAUUUAAACGGAAGUAUGCGUAUUUCAUCCUAGAUAAGAAAAGUGAUCAAAUUUUAUGUGAAUCUCGAGAUUAAUGAAGUAUUACCGGCAUUUUACACGGGAUGCUAUCAUAAACAAUGUUGUUUUUGGGUUCAUGUCGCCGAUGACUAAUGUAAAAUCAUCAAUAUGAUGUGCGACGUGAUGCCUACGAUUUCUGAGUCCGGUUCGAAUGACCGGGAGUCUCAGAGUUCGCAAGAUGAGGCUAACUUCGAGCAGUUGAUGGUGAACAUGCUGGAUGAAAGAGAUAAAUUGAUGGAAACACUUCGCGAGACUCAGGACACGUUAACGUUAACCCAGCAAAAACUCGCCGAUGUGGAGAAAGAACGAGACGCUUUACAGGGGCAAUUUCAGACCACUACACCUCAGCAGGAAUUUGCCAGUUUGUCAAAAGAGGUCAACCAGCUUCGAGACCAGCUGUUAGAGAGAGAAGAAGAAGUAGCUGAACUGAAGGCAGAGAGAAAUAACACCAGGUUGUUACUGGAACAUCUUGAGUGUUUGGUAUCCAGGCAUGAGAGAUCACUCCGGAUGACUGUGGUCAAGCGUCAGGCCUCGUCCCCAGCUGGAGUGUCCAGUGAAGUGGAGGUGCUGAAAGCCCUCAAGUCUCUGUUUGAACACCACAAAGCUCUGGAUGAAAAGGUCCGAGAACGUCUUCGAGUUGCAUUAGAAAAAGUGGCCUCAUUAGAAGAAGAGUUAACAAAUGCUAAUCAAGAGUUAUUCACAUUACGAGAACAGCAGAGUAAAUCUCGACAUUCCAGUGGCAGUACAGAGGACAGUCUAAAACCCUUAAAGCAUGAAACAGGAACUCAGGAGACAGACCAUCCAAAACCAGAUAUACAUGUCAAGCAAAGGCUAUCGAAUGGCUCUAUUGACCCUGACUCAGAGGUUAACAGAGUCAUUGAACUUCAGGACACAGUGGAGAAACAGAACUCCGAGUUAACAUCAACAAGGACUCGAUUAUUAGAAUUAACCAAUAAAAUCACAGAGCUCGAGGAGACAUCCACAACUGCCACCAAAGAUCUGAACAAAGCUCAGGAACAAUUAGUCAAGUUACAGCGAGACCUCAGAGAGUCCCUGGCUCAGAGGGAGGAUCAGGAGGAAAGGAUAGCCACCUUAGAGAAACGUUACUUAAAUGCUCAGCGGGAAUCAACUUCACUUCAUGAUCUGAAUGAUAAGUUAGAGUCUGAACUAGCCACCAAGGAAAGCCAACUCAAAUCGACUGAGGAAAAGCUUAGACAGGUUCAAGAGAGGCUUGAGCUGGCAGAACAGAAACUACAACAAUCUCUGAAGAAGGCAGAAGCACUGCCCACUGUGGAGGCUGAACUUGCCCAGCGUAUGGAGGCAUUGAACAAGGCCGAGGAGUUACACGGGUCAGCAGAGGAGAGAGUGUCUAGAGUUGAACAGAAGCUGAAGGAUAACGAGGCAGAGCUGUCCAGGGCUAGAAUGAGGGAGAAGAUGAAUGAAGAACACAAUGCCAGGCUGUCAGCAACUGUGGACAAGUUAUUGGCCGAGUCUAAUGAGCGACUACAGCUACAUCUCAAAGAGCGAAUGGGAGCUCUAGAGGACAAAAAUCAACUGACUCAGGAACUUGAACGAAUCCGCAAGGCUUUGGAUGAAACUCAACAAGAAAAGGAAAGGAUAUCUGAGGAUUUGGUUCGUGCUAACAGGGAGGUGGACACACUCAGGCAGCAGAUAGAACACCUUGCCAGGCCAGGUACAGGGUACGUCAUCAGAAGUCCUAUGGAUGAGGUCACCAGGAGGUCACAGAGGGGACGAGAGCAGUCUCUAGAGGAGGAUCCAACAAAGGUGAACACCCUGAAUGAGCAGGAGCAUGAGAAAUUAAAACAAGCCCAGAUCCUGGAGAAACUUCAGCAGGCAUUUGAUGCUAGUGACACAGAGGGAAGCGAGAAUGAGUCUGUGAUUGAAGCAUUUGAUAUGUGGUCCCCAAGUGGCCCCACUGAUGCCCAGACACUGGCACUCAUGCUCCAAGAGCAGUUAGAUGCAAUAAAUAAUGAAAUUAGGUUAAUCCAAGAAGAAAAAGAAACCACAGAGCAGAGAGCUGAAGAACUGGAAAGUCGGGUAGGGAGUGGUAGUCUUGAUACGAUUGCCAACAGAUGGCGCACCUCUCCGCCAUUGAGCGAGAGGGCGACGCCCACUACUCGUUCAUUACAAACAAGAGAUUACCUUCAAAAGUACCAUACCGCUCCUGCUGGAAUGUCCACUGCCCACCUGUAUACCUACUCCUCCUCUAGUCCUCAGUUAGCUACUGCUGCCAAUGAAAACAAUAUAUCACAGAUGUAUAGUAGAGAUGACUCAACCAUUAAUGAGGAGAAUCGACAAAUCAAGUGUGAAUCUAGUCCCCCAACCCCCCGAUCUCUAAGGCUUGAACGAGCCACGGCCAGUCAUAAUACUUCUGUAGAGGAUACACCAAGUAGAACUGUAAUAGAUACCACCCAGUCCUCUCAGAGUCCUUUCAGUACACCAAACAGCAGCCAAGAUUCUCUCCACAAAAACCAGCAACAACAGCAACAGCAGCAACAAAAGAAAAAAGGCAUCAAGAGCUCACUGGGCCGACUCUUCAGCAAGAAGGAAAAGCAGAAAGCCAAAGGUCUACCUCAAGAGCUGCUUCCUUCUGGGGGUGCAUUCGCGGACCUGAGUGAUGUGGGUGCUGGGGAUGCCCUGACUCUUGGCCUGGGUCAAUCGGAGUAUGACAGGAGGAAAAAGAAAAAGCAUGAACUGCUAGAGGAAGCUAUGAAGGCGGGUACACCUUUUGCUUUGUGGAAUGGACCAACAGUGGUAGCCUGGCUAGAGCUGUGGGUGGGUAUGCCUGCUUGGUAUGUAGCAGCAUGUAGAGCUAAUGUCAAAAGUGGUGCAAUCAUGUCUGCACUUUCUGAUCAGGAGAUACAGAGAGAAAUAGGAAUCAGCAAUCCUCUACAUCGUCUGAAGUUACGACUAGCCAUCCAGGAGAUGGUCAGUCUGACCAGUCCAUCUGCACCCAAAACUUCCAGUUCUACCCUGGCGUUUGGUGACAUGAAUCAUGAAUGGAUUGGCAAUGAAUGGCUUCCGUCGAUUGGUCUCCCUCAGUAUCGCAGUCACUUCAUGGAGUGUCUGGUGGACGCAAGGAUGCUGGAUCAUCUGACCAAAAAAGAUCUGAGGGGACAACUCAAAAUGGUGGAUAGCUUUCAUAGAACAAGUUUACAGUAUGCGAUUAAUUGUUUAAAACGUGUUAAUUAUGACAAGAAGGAAUUGGAAAGGAGACGAGAAGAAAGUGCUACAGAAAUUAAAGAUAUACUGGUGUGGUCCAAUGAGAGACUUAUAAAGUGGGUCCAAUCCAUAGGUUUACGGGAAUAUGCAAAUAAUCUAAUAGAAUCUGGGGUUCAUGGUGCUCUAAUUGCCUUAGAUGAAAGCUUUGAUGCCAACAGUAUGGCACUAGCCCUACAGAUUCCAAGCCAAAGCUCACAGGCACGCCAGGUUUUAGAGCGUGAAUUUGGGAACAUGUUGAUCCUGGGAACAGACAGACGUUUGGACGAGGGUGAAGGAGGGAAGUUGAGACGAGCUCCAUCUUGGAGGAAGAAAUUCAGGACCAAAGACAAAAGUCGCGAGAGUGGAGACGAGGGAGAGCCUAGCGGGACUGAGGGUCAGACACAGCAGUCCCCCCAACAUGUCCGCCGACAAGGAGGAGCAGACAACUCCAUGCACCGCCGAACCACCGAACACAUGAUGAACUAUUAAUACAUUUUACUUUAGGUUGUAACAAAUUAUUAGCAUCUAACUGUACAAAUAGCAAAUCUAUAAAUAACAUUAUAAAUUGUUUUUAAAAAAAUGUGAGUCAGGAAGACUCUUCCAUAAAUACAGCCUUUAUUUAUGUUGGCCACUUAUGUGUAUCUGGAGUCAAGAUAUUGAUGUCAUAUAUUAAGCUGAGAGUACCAGGUGUAUUUAAAUCAGACCUGGGAAUAUUAUAAAACCCUACAAGGUAGAGUGGUAGAUUUGUUGUUUGUAUAGAGUACUUGGUAGAUUUCUACCAAAUUUUCAUGUAUUAUACAGAAAAUAUUUAUAUGUGAAAAUUCAUUUGUAUCAUCCAUGGUCAAUUUUCCUCAUACAAUUUUUAAUGGCAUUUACUUUACCAAGACCAAAACUACAGAAGAAUCAUCUAACCAUCACUAUGUGUGUGUGUUUGUGUGUAUUGUCGGUGUUCCAUGCUGUAGUCAAAUGCAUUUAUAGCAAGGAAAAUGGAGAUCUGUUUAUUGUUGCUUCCUGUCCAAGUUCUAAGGGAAAUAACUCUUACCCAGCAUGAAAAGUUACCUCAGUCUUGACCUGCAUAAUACAUGUAUAAAUAUUUAUAUGAAGAUAAAUAGUGUAAAAUGUAAGAUUCACAUAUACAAAUGUAGUACUCUUAAGAAAUUUAUGUGGAUUUCGCAAAUUUUCUUUAAAAGUAAUUCCGGAUGGAAUAUCCAUUGAAAUGUCAACCUAUUUUUACAAUGUCAGAAUUGAACAGGGACAGAGAAGAGUUCUGGAAUUAUGAAUAUAUGUUUGUUACUGCAAGUAAUAUAUAGACUACAUUCCACUUCAAACCUGUCUCUUUCACUUUCCAACUGUAUUUUUGGGGGAAUGUAAAGCAUUUAAAAUUAUGAAAAUUAAGAAAUAUCUUUAAAGUUAUGAUUUUUUUAAUUGUUGAUGAAAUAAGGAAUCAGACUUUGACCUUUGACUUAGGGUGAUUCCAGUAAGUUGUUUUGAUCAGGAGCACUGAGAAGUCUGAAUAUAUUGCCUACUUUGAAACUUAUAUAGUUUGAAGAUGUGAAAAAUAAAGGCUUGCCCAAAAUUUGUCCCUAAACAUUGAGCACAGACAAUGUGCCACAAAGGUUUGAAAUCCAAAAGUGCUAUAGAAAAUUUUCAACUUAUAUGAGAAUUCAAAAAAACAGUAGAUAGUCAUGUAAUGUGUUAAAAAAGAAAUGUACAUAUACAUGUAUAUACAUAAGCAUUCACUUUUAUAUAGAAAGUAAUAAAUUAAAUGUAAAUAGAUAGUAAAGUAGAUUUUUAAAAUUAUUUUAUUAACCUUGUGUAUUGUGUAUGAAAGAUAUGUUCAAGUAGGCAGUUUUGGAUCAUUUAACCAGCAAUAAUAUUGUCUUAGAAUCAUGUAUAAAACAAAAACCAGCAUUAUUAUCAGAACAAAAUUAUAUACUUAUCAUGUAUUCAUUGAAAUCUCAGUUUAUACAUCAUUUAUAGAUUACUCUUGAAAAUGUAAGCCAACUAAAAUUUAUAAAACGGCUGUCUAUGCAAACAUAUUCAGUAAUUUAACAUUCAAAUGUUGUGCAAUUUGGUAGGUACAAACAUAGAUAGCCUUCUUUGUCUGUCAUUUUAAAUACAUUUUGUUAAGUACACCUAUUCUUUUAUAAUCCAUUCAGUGUAAUGAACAAUAGAUUGUAAAUGUGGAGGUUAUCUGCUGCAAACUGCUCGUUGAAAUUUAAAAAAAAAAAAAAGGUGACAUAUCUCGGUACAAGAACUUCUAAAGUCUUCACGUACUUUAGGUUGUUAGACUAUCUAGCACAAGGUUGUGAUACUGCUAAAAUGGCAGAAAUGCUGUAUUAUCUAGACAGGAGUCCAUUUUGAUUGUCAGAGUGACCCUUUUUGAAGUCUUAGGUUGUGGCAGCUUAUUAAAUAAUUCUGUUAAGCAUAGCUUUGCAUUGAGACUGAUGAUGAUGGGCUAUAAGAAAUUUUCAAUGUUCAAUCAAAAUAAUAUUAACACAGGUAGAAGAUAGAGUUCUGGAGUAGACCUUCCAUUAAUGGGAUUUUGUGCUAAAGGCUAGAUUGGAUACUUUUCUAACAAUGAACAAACUUCAGUACAUUCGGAAAAUACUGUGAAAAAAUUAUUCAUAAAUUUGUAUUGGUUAGAAUGAAAAGUUAGUGUUUUGUUAAAUAAAGAAUAAACAUAGGAUUUUGUAUUAACUUUGAAAUUAUAUCAAUUAUGGAGGAAUGAUCUGUAAUUCUCAAAAUAUUACAACUUUUUAAAUCCCUGACCUGUCAGCUGUUAGCUUUCAUAGAUGAUAAAGAGAAGCUGUGUUCAUUGAUCAAGUUCUACCCAGAAACAGACUUGUGUUAUCUUUGUGUUACACUGUACAUGAAUCCUUCAUGUUUAUGUGAAAGUCAUUAUAGUAUUUCAAACUCAGUGAACAUGUACCCAUGUUUCUUAUGGGAGGAUCAUUUUAUUUUCAAAAUAAUCAUCAAUAUGAAAAAAAAUUAAAUGAGAUGUGUAUAAUUUUGGCAGAAAUUGGACAGCUUUCUGUGUACAAUGAAUGAAUGUGUGGUACUACUGAGACUGCUUCUCACUGCAAUCUGUAGCUCUGUUAUCAAUGUAUUUAUUUCUCCAUUUUGUAUAAAUGCAAUUUGUGAUAUUUGAUACUUAUGAUACUGUGUACGGCAUAGAAUGUUUUUAUGCAAAUACAGCAUCAAAACACCAGUAAAA